UCUUUGUCUUUUUAAUUCACUCAGAAAAAAAGCACUUUAAUGCAAGUUUCCAAUAAGGCUCUGAAAAAAAUCAAUCUUCAAUCCUCACAUAUCAGAAACCUCAGAAAAGAAAGCACAAUGAGAUGUUUCAGAGCAAAUACUCCAAGAACUAAACCACCACCACCUUCGUACGGACAUCAAGGCACCAUUCAUCACCAAACCGUAAGAGAAGAAGUGCUACUACAGAUUCAGGGAUGCAGAGCCCAUCUCAUCGACGGAUCCGAAGCGGUGGAGCUCGCCGCCGGAGACUUCGACCUUGUACAGGUCUCAGACAACGGCGUAGCUCUAGCUAUGGUCGUGAGGAUCGGAAACGACCUACAGUGGCCGGUGAUUAAAGACGAGCCAGUGGUGAAACUCGACGCUCGUGACUACCUCUUCACGCUUCCGGUGAAAGACGGAGACCCACUCAGCUACGGCGUCACGUUCUUCCCUCCAGACCCAAACGACGUUGUUUUCGUGAACAGCCUCGAGUUGCUAGACGAUUUCUUGAGAGAGAACUCGUGUUUCUCUUCGUCUUCUUCUUCUUCUUCGCGUGUUAACAAUGGAAUCGAUUGGAAAGAGUUUGCGCCUAGGAUUGAAGAUUAUAACAAUGUCGUGGCUAAAGCCAUUGCUGGAGGGACAGGGCAUAUCAUUAGAGGGAUGUUCAAAUGCAGUAAUGCUUACACUAAUCAGGUUAACAAAGGAGGUGAAACUAUGAUUACGAAGGCUGAGAAGAAGAGUGGUGCAUCGUCGAAAAGAAAUGCAACCACAAACAAGAACCAAAUCAACAAGAAUCUUCAACGAGUGAGGAAACUUUCCAGAGCUACUGAGAAACUGAGCAAGACUAUGUUGAAUGGUGUGGGAAUGGUGAGUGGUUCGGUGAUGGCUCCUAUUGUGAAGUCAAAGCCAGGAAAAGCUUUUUUCUCAAUGGUUCCAGGGGAAGUUCUCCUGGCUUCAGUUGAUGCUCUUAAUAAAAUACUAGAUGCUGCUGAAGCUGCAGAGAGACAAACUUUUUCUGCUACAUCCAAAGCUACAACUAGAAUGGUUAGCGAGAGGUUGGGUGAGAGCGCUGGGGAAGCCACGAGCGAUGUGCUAGACACGGUUGGCCACGCAGCCGGUACUGCUUGGAAUGUGCUCAAAAUUCGCAAAGCUUUAUAUCCUUCCUCUUCACUCACAUCCGCCAUCCUAAAAAACGCUUCACGAAAGUGAUCUUUGUCACGUGCUCUCAUCGCGGAAUUACAUUUCAUCCGCUUUUAAGUUAUGUUUUUGGCUUUUGGAUUGAUUUUGUGGGUAGAUAUUAUAAGGUUUAAAACCGAAAUGUGCAAAUGUGUAUUCUUGAAUCUUAAACAAGAAAACCUCUUUUCUUUACCAA